AUGUCCCAAGAACCCAGAGCGCAAACAGUUGGAACGUUCGAUAAUAAAGUUAGUUCGAUUGUGCCAUUGUCAUAAUUGAGAAGAAUCCAAUAACACUGUUUUGGAACACAGGAGAAUUUUGGAUUCAUCCAAAAGAUGGAACUACAUGCGAAAUCCCAGGAAAGAGUGAAGCGAUGGCCUAAUACCAUCAAUGCCUUAAGGAAGAAGAAGGACCAAACUAGAUUCGAAAGAUUCAAAGCUGAUGAAGAGGAGAGAAGGAGACAAGAGGAAGAAGAAGCAUUAUAUUAAGCAUAAGUUAAAUAAGAGAUUUUGGAGAAAGCCAAUCGCCAAAUAUACGAAGCAAAUCCUAGGGUCAGGCAAUUUCAAAGCAAAUUAUUGAUCACUGAUGUUAUCCAAGAACGAGAUGCACAAGUGGAAUUGAAUAAAUAUAAGAAAACUAUCUUGGACAUGAAGGAGGAAGCUCAUCACGAGGAGGUGUUAGAGAAUGUAGCACGAUUAUAAUAGAUAGAGGAAAUUAAAUUGGAAGAAAUGAAGAGAAAGAAAAUGGAGUAACGAAAAAUAUUGAAAUAGUAACAUGAUGAGAUGGUCAAUAAUCAUAUCAAAUAAAUAUAAAAUGAUAGAAUUGAAGGUUAAUUGAAUAAGGCUAAGGCAGAGUAAUUGAUUAAAGAUGAAGAGGAGGCUGAAAACGAAAGGAAAAGGAAGAGAUUAGCUAACAUUGAGGAGGUUAAGAGAGGCAAUGAGGAAAUCAAGGAACAGAAACAACUCUAGAGGUUGAAGGAAUUGGAGGAUGAUGAAAAAGUAAGAGCGUAUGCGGAGAAUAAGGAAAAGAUCAUGGAAAUGAGAAAAAAAAGAGAAGAACUCAAAUUUAAGGAAAAACAAGAAUAAAGACAAAGAUUGAUUGAUGCAUAAAUUGCUAAGUUAGAAUCUAUUGAGAAUGAACACUAGAGAAUACUAAAUAAAUAGAUAUAAGAAGCAGAAAUAAAAGCAGAGGAGGUUGAAAGAAUUAAGAGAGAAAAACAAAUCUAAUUGAAGAAGAAUAUAGAUGAGAGCAGGAAGAUUACUUCAGAAUUCAGAAGCAGGGAUUAAGAAUAGAGAGUAAAAAAUGAUAAAGAGUUCUAAGAGUAUUGGAAGUAAAGAGCUGAAGAAUUAAAGAAGAUGGAAGAUGAUGAAAAUGAAUAAAUUAGAUAAAGGAGAGUUUAGCUUAAGAACUUUCAGCUUACUUAAAUUGAAGAGAAACAAAAAUUGAGAGAAUAAUAAAUACUCUAGGAAUUAGAUGAAGCUGAAGAAAUACUCAGAAAAAAAGAAUGCUGCAGCAGAACAUUCACAUCAUGGGCAUAAAGAGCAGUGGAAGAAUGGUAAAGUAAUGGGAAGAAUGUUUAUCCAAUGCUCAAAGAACUCACAGCCCAAUAAUAAUAAUUAUGA